CCAGUUUGGUUUGAGCUAGUCAGGAGAGGUCCUUAGAAUACUCUGUUGUGCACCAAAAUUAACUCCAUAAAGUUGAGAUUGAUUUAUUUUUUCAAGCCAAGAGAUUUGCGAGAACACUGCAGAAAAGUGUCUGUGUCUUUACUUGCCUUGAUUGAUAAUCUCGCUGCAGUGGUCAGGUUGUGUGACCAGGAGUGGAAGGGGCCUGUGUGUAGCCUAGGAACAGCUCAUUUCCCUGGGGGACACCAGUCUUUCAGUUUGACUGAUGUUCCCAUUGUAGCUCUGCUCCAGGCACUCCUCUGCAAUCUGUGCUCGGAAGGAUCAGUGCUGCUCCUUUGGCCACUGUUUCCUGCAGUUGAGGCUCCUUAGCUGUGUUUUCUGCCUGGAGGCAGCCAUGGAGUGGGACUUGUGGAAGGAGCACAGAUAACAAGCACCCAUCUGUUCUCCUUUUCCAUCCCUUCGGGAUGUCCGGGUGUCCCUGGUUAGAAUUCUUCUCUGGAUAAGAUAGAGGAGGUGUCACUGUGGGGCAGUCAGGGCAGAAAACAAUAGCAGGUCAAGUCUAAAACACAAGAUUGAUCAGUGAGUACAUCCCUGCUGUCAGUCAGGGGCAGAGCUGCUCUGGGGAGGUCAAGGCUGGAGCUGUAGCCCACGUCCCUUCAGCUUCUUCCUCUGAUAAAACUUCCAGGAGAGCAAUCACACUUGCUCUGCUGGAAGCCUGGAGUCAGAAGCUCCACUGAGAGGAAGGCUGCAAGAGCCACAGCCUGUGCAAGGACUUUGAAGCCUCUGUCCCUUGAGUGGUGGCUCUUCCUUGGCUCAGUGGGAUGUUCCAGUACUUGUUUUUCUGCAUUUACUUUGUUGUCCAGCUCCAGCCAGUGUCUUCAAUGGCCCUGGACCCCUGCUCGGCCUACAUCAGCCUGAACGAGCCCUGGAGGAACACGGAGCACCGCAUCAACGGCUCUCACGGGCAGCCCACGUGCGACAGCGGCAUCGACGGCGAGUGGUACCGCUUCACGGGCAUGGCCGGGGACGCCAUGCCCACCUUCUGCAUCCCCGAGAACCACUGCGGCACGCACGCCCCCCUCUGGAUGAACGGCAGCCACCCGCGCCCGGCCGACGGCAUCGUGCGGCGCCAGGCCUGCGCCAGCUUCAGCGGCAACUGCUGCCUCUGGAACGCCAGCAUCGAGGUCAAGGCCUGCCCGGGGGGGUACUUCGUGUACCACCUCAGCAAGCCCAGCGUCUGCUUCCACGCCUACUGCGGCCAUUUUUAUGACAUCUGUGAUGUGGUGGAUUGCCAGGACUCCUGCCUGGACACCAGUGACUGCACGUGUUCCCCGGGUACAACACUCGGACACGAUGGCCAGACAUGCCUUGAUGAAAAUGAGUGUGAGCAGAACAACGGGGGCUGCAGCGAGUUCUGCGUUAACCUGAAGAAUUCCUUCCGCUGUGAGUGCGGGGUCGGGCGCACGCUGGGCAGUGAUGGCAAAACCUGUGAAGAAAUUGAAGGCUGUCACAAUAACAACGGAGGCUGCAGCCAUACCUGCAUUGAAGUGGAAGGCACCUACCAGUGUGAAUGCCCCAGGGGACUUGUUCUGGCAGAAGACAACCACACUUGCCAGGUUCCAGUGCUGUGCAAGUCCAGCUCUAUUGAGGUGAACAUCCCAAAGGACCUGGUUGGAGGCCUGGACCUUUCCCUCAUCAACACUUCAUGCAAAGGCGUGUCCAAUGGCACUCAUGUCAACAUCCAUUUCUCCCUGAAGUCCUGUGGAACUGUUGUAGAUGUAAUCAAUGACAAAAUCAUUGCCACCAACCUGGUGACCGGCUUGCCCAAGCAGACCCCGGGGAGCAACGGGGACAUCAUUGUGCGCACCAGCAAGCUGCUGAUCCCGGUGACCUGCGAGUUCCCGCGCCGCUACACCAUCUCCGAGGGCUACGUGCCCAACCUCAAGAACUCUCCCCUGGAAAUCAUGAGCCGCAGCCAGGGCGUCUUCCCCUUCACCCUGGAGAUCUUCAAGGACAAGGACUUUGAUGAGCCGUACAGGGGUGACCUUCCCACCCUCAAGCUAAGGGACUCCCUGUACUUUGGGAUUGAGCCCCUGGUGCAUGUCAGUGGGCUGGAGACGCUGGUGGAGAGCUGCUUUGCCACUCCCACCUCCAAAAUUGAUGAGAUCCUGAAGUACUACCUGAUUCAAGAUGGCUGUGUUUCUGAUGAUUCCGUGAAGCAGUACACGUCAAAGGACCAUCUUGCCAAGCACUUCCAGGUUCCUGUGUUCAAGUUUGUGGGCAAAGACAACAAGGAGGUGUUCCUGCACUGCCGCAUCCUGGUGUGCGGGGCGCUGGACGAGAGCUCGCGCUGCGCCCAGGGCUGCCGCAGACGCGCGCGCAGGGCGGCCGGGCAGCGCGAGGAGCAGCAGGGCCCGGAGCCUGUUCCCGGGGCAAACCACAUCCUGACAGGAGGCCCCAUCAGGAUUGACUUUGAGGACUGACAGCCACCCUCUGGAACAGCAUCCUUGGCUUUCCUUAUCACUGCCUUCUGUUGUGGUUGGUUGAGAAGCCAGAGGUAUUUGUUAAAGCCCCGCUGGAACCCCAGGACUCAUUUCCUUAACUCUGUGGUGAUUAUUUGUUAAGUGGUUUGGGCCCAUAGGUGGCCCUUGGAGUGUGACCUGGACUGUAGAGCAGUUUGGUUUUAUCUGUGUUUCUCCCCACCAAUCCUUUAGCUGAAGGGACCCUGUUUCUUCGCAGGCCGGAAGUGUUACCCAACUUUGCCUUUCCCUACAUCCACCUACUGGCCCCAGGACUGUUUGUCCUUGACUAAACAAAUGUUAUCCAUGCCCUUCUUGCAUCAGACAGUACAAACAGCAUCAUAGCUGAGUGUGUUUGCUGUGCAGCUCUGUGAGUGAUGCUGAAGAUUUCAGGUGACUGUUAAUAAAAACCUGUAUAAAAUACAUCUCAUCAUGUGUAAGUUCCUUGGAGCAAUGCAAUUGUCAUUACAGGCAGCUAA